UUUUGCCGGUGCGUGCUGCAAGGCGAAAACAGAAACACGUCAAUAUGCCUCCGAAAGGGAAACCUUUAACUAAAGGCCAGAAACAGAUUGUGGAGGAAAAUAAAAAGACACUUCAAUUUUACCAGUAUAUCCUGCUCAGUGUAAAUGGAGUAUAUUGGAUGCUUCAGUACUGGUUGUUCUGGGACAGCUUCACAGUGUUUUAUAUGUUUCUUGGUGUAUCGGCAGUCCUUACAUGCCUGGGAAGUUACAAAUUUAUGCAGAGUAUGGCCCAGGCAAAAUACACCCCAGAAGGAGCUCUGAUAGAUGGAGGCCUUGACCUCAACAUGGAAUCAGGAAUGUCAGAACAUGCUAAGGAUCUUAUCCUUUUCACAUCUAUAGUACAGAGUGCCAGUCUACUGUCUAACUAUUUCUGGUUGUUAUGGUUACUGGUUCCUGGAAGAGCAUUCUACAUGCUGUGGGUAAAUAUCUUGGCACCUUGGAUAUUUGCACCACCUCCUGAAGUUGAUGAAAAGAAGGCGAAAAAAAUGGAGAGGAAGAUGCGAAGACAUUGAUUACAUUCACUUAGUAUUCUAUAUUUGUUACUGUUAAUUUAAAAGUGAGAGUUUUGUUAUGACAUGUUGUGAUUACCACAAAUAUGAACGCAAUAUAUUGAUUUCUGCAUAAAUGAUGCAUGUGUUUCUUUUCCCUAAAACAUUGAUAAAUGAUGUUGCUAGUUUAGUAGUGAAUAUUGUAGUUACACAGCAUUAUACAGGAAUAAGGACAUUUACUAAAAUUCUUCAUGUUAUUUCUGAAAUAACAAGCUUACUUAACACCUAGUGAUAAUUUCUAGAAUGCUUUAUACAUUUUUGUUUGAUAGAUUUCUAGGAAGUGAAUUAUCUGGAGCAUUUUAGUCUGACAUGUCAAAACAGGCAUACCAGGUUGUACUUCUUUCAUGUUGUGCAAUUUUCUGGAAAAUGAAAAAGAGAAGAAAAAUUACCCCAAAAUUUUAUGAUGAAAAACACAGUGUAGAAAUGUAUCAUCUACAGAAUACUACAGAUAUUUAGUUUGAAAUGAGUUUAAGAAGAUAAAAUAUGUUUGUCAGCUGGUUUUGUAACGUUGUAUAUAGGAAGUUAACUUUAAGUAUUCAUGGAAGUCUUCAAAAUUUUACAGUUUACAUGAUAGAAUUGAGCUGCUGAUCAUAACAGCCUCAAUGUGUUCAAAUCUUGAUCAAGAUUACAAAAGACACUGGACUGAUGUUUGUUAUUAUGCCAUCACAAUGAUCAAUUUCUUUUCACAAGAUUUAUUUUUCAUUUAAUUUAUUUGUGAGUGACUUGUGUUUUCAUUAAUAGGACAAGUACUUCUAAAGUUUACACAGGUAUCAAUUAAAGGAGGUUCCUUAACAUAGUGUGUCAUUUUAAUAUGUGAUGGACAUGGUCGAUGUUGCCAAACACAACCUGCAUCAUCAAUCUUACCAAAGUCUUGGAUUGAAAUUGUGUGUUUGUUGAUUUUCCAAUUUUCCAAUUAGGUUGUUGAAAGAUUGCUGAGUAAUUUCGAAUAUAGGUAAAAGAUGAUAUUAAAUGAGCAUCAGUAUGUGAGAAUGUACAGUUACUACUGUAUAUAUGUUUGUUAUCAUUGAUUAGAAGGUGUUCUUAUUCAGCCAGUGAAGUAGAACAAUUUAAACUUGAUAUUCUAGAAAACAUUGAAAAUAUUACAAAGUAUCCUCAAUUUAAAUUAUGUUUUCCAAUACAAUGUUUUUCUCAGCGUGAAUCUCUCUUGAUUUGUGAAUGAUGUAUGAGUUGUGUGGGUGACUUGAAGACUAUGAGUGAUAAUGUAUAUUAAUGUGUAGCAAGUGGGUGGUACAUGUGUAUCUAUGUGUAGCCAGUGAAUGAGUGAAUGACAUAAGUGUCAUAUAUUUGAUUGAUUUGAAAGAAAAGAAAAUCAUUAUCCUGUACUGACGCUGAUUUUAAUCUUGCACAUUAAAAUUGUGAUUUGUAAAAA